UUAGUCCUCACUAUCGCAGCGAUAACACUCUUAACAAGACGCUGACAGUACUUCACUCUUAACUCCAUGCUGACAGCACUUCGCUCUCAGCCCCACACUGCCAACACCACGCUGACAACCCUUCACUGUUAUAAGGUUCCUGGUCUUGUGUUGAAGUAUCAGGAGCUACGUCAGCAACAACAAUAUCAGGAGCUACGUCAGCAACAACAAUAUCAGGAGCUACGUCAGCAACAACAAUAUCUGAGACGCAAAAGCAACUUCGCCAGUAACAAUAUCUGAGAAGCAACAGCAGCACUGUCAGCAACAGUAUCUGAGAAGCAACAGCAGCACUGUCAGCAACAUUAUCUGAGAAGCAACAGCAACACUGUCAGCAACAGUAUCCGAGAAGCAACAGCAACACUGUCAGCAACAGUAUCUGAGAAGCAACAGCAACACUGUCAGCAACAAUAUGUGAGAAGCAACAGCAACACUGUCAGCAACAGUAUUUGAGAAGCAACAGCAACACUGUCAGCAACAAUAUCUGAGAAGCAACAGCAACACUAUCAGCAACAGUAUCUGAGAAGCAACAGCAACACUGUCAGCAACAGUAUCUGAGAAGCAACAACAACACUAUCAGCAACAGUAUCUGAGAAGCAACAUCAAUACAAUCGUUAACAUUAUUAACAUCAUCUUGCUACUACUGUGUCAUGGCUGUAAUAACUAAGGAAGAAAAUAAUGGCUUCGGAAUCAUGAAAGCUUUGAGUGAGUGUGGUAGAGGAGUGUUGCAUCACACAUUCUGCUGGGGAACACCAGAUAAACCUGAUACUACACGUCUUGAUCAUUAUUUAAGCAACUUGAAACAAACAUCAUCUGCAAACUACUUAAAACUCAAUAGUAAAGAACGAAGGUUUAACAAAACACAGAAGAAACUCAUUAAUAGAAGUCCAAAUGGAAGAGAGUUUGAUGUUCCACUGCUGUGUAGGAGCAUCAAACUUGCUUGUGAGAAUGUUGCUCCUCUCAGUGAUCCAAUAUGGAUCACUGAGAGUAAAGAAAUGGAGUACUACAUCACUGCCAUAAACAACAUGAGGAACGAUGCUGUUCACGGUCCACUUGCAGUUACUGAUGAAGAUUAUUUUGAAAAAAUGAGAAAACUUCGGGAGUUGUUAACUGGUUGUCUUACGACAUCUGGAGAGAGGUAUGAGAGAGACCAGGAUGAAGUUAACAAGGAGAUCCAGCAGAUGAAUGAUAAACUGGACGACAUCAUGAAUGAGAUUCUUGGAGAGGAAGAUAUUAUGAAGUAUUGUAGUGAUGAUAUAAAACAAAUUAUCAUGAAAGAUAGUUAUGAUAAACUGGAGAAGAUUUUAAGAGAAAUCAUUAAUAUUAACCCAGUAUCUUUUAUCAACGACAAUUUUCAACUUAAAGUAGACAAAAUUUUUGUCGAUAUUGAAGUUAAACAAGGAAGACGUAGAGGUAAAAAUGAACACAAAGAUUAUAGAGACCUUCUCUCACUUGUCCAGACAACAUCUGUGGCAUCAAGUGUGAGCUCUGGCACACAACAACAAGGUUCCUGUGUACGACCACAAAUACUGUUGCUUGAAGGUGUUGCAGGCAGUGGCAAGACCACUCUAGUUAAGCUAAUAACUGAGGAAUGGAUACAAGGUGGUCAAGGUAACAUGAAGGGUUUAGAUAAUUAUGACCUCUUACUGUGGGUGCAGUGCAGGGACAAUACCAUCAACUCCUACCACCAUCUAUUAGAAAAACUAUUACCAGAUGUUUCAGCAAAAUUCAGAAAUAUUUUGCCUAAAAUAAUAAAGCUUUGUAAAGUAAUAAUAUUAGUUGACGGUCUGGAUGAACUCAAUAACAACUCCAGAACAUUAGUCAAAAGUCUUUUACUGGAAUUCCAAAACUCUGUUAACACAACUUUUGUCUGCACCACAAGACCUGAAGUAGUUGAAAUGUUCAGGUUGACGAUCCCUGAAGCUUAUGGUGUGACUAAUGCUGAACUACGAGGCAUAAAUAAAGAUCGUUUGGAAGAGUUUGUGCGUCAGAUUCACCAGGAGAUAAUUAAUCUCACCAACAGUAACAGAAACACUGAUGAACUAGUGAACAAGGUGAGGAAAGUUGCAGGACUUCACGAUCACUUACGUCUACCUAUGAAUUUAACAUUUUUCAUUUACAUCUUGGACCAGGAACCUGAUAAGUCAAACAUAACCAUAACACAAACAGAACUCUACCAUAAAGUACAUCAUAUGUGUCAAAGUAAGUUAUUAGAGAGAUUAACUAACUGUUCAGAGAUGAAGGUGAUGAAUGAAAGUACUCUACAGAAGAGUGUUCAAGAAAUAUUGAAGAUAAUAUACGCAACAUCACUAGAGAGUUUGUCACGUGACCAGUUGAGUCUUGAAGAAGAGACCGUAGAUGAACUAAUAUCUGCUUGUAACAAACAUGAUAUACCUUACCAUGAGAUGAUGUCUGCUUUCUUCAGUUUGAAGCCAAUAUUGACUUGGCAAGGCAUCGAGGAGUGCUACUCUGCACCACACAAGGGAAUCCAAGAUUACUUCAGUGCUCUGCAUAUUGUGAUGACACUCAAGCACCAGCUGCAAUCUUCACCAAUACCAGUGAUGAAGACACCAUCUGUGUCUUCCCAACCACUUGCGACAACUAUACCCCCCAUCACCAACACAGUAUCCCCUUUUAAACUAGCACACGUACACCUGUUUUCACCUGCAGUAUAG